CGCUCCCCGGUGCCCGCUCCGAUCCCGGCCGGCGCGGGCGAUGGGCGCCGGCCAGGGGGGCUCGGCCGGCCCUGCUGUGCCGCUGGUCCGCUCGGGAGCCCGGCCGGGCGGCGCGGCGGGGCGCUUCUAAGCCCAUGGAGGAGCCGCGCUGCGCGGGCCACCGCAGGAGCCACCAUGAGCCGCCUGCUGCCCCUCUGCUUGCUGCUGAGCCACCUCCGGGACGCCGCGCGCGGUUACUUGACUGUCAGCAUCGAGCCGCUUCCACCGGUGGUGGUCGGGGACGCCGUGACUUUGAAAUGUAACUUCAAGACAGACGGCAGGAUGCGGGAGAUAGUCUGGUACCGGGUCACAGAUGGUGGCACCAUCAAGCAGAAGAUUUUCACCUUUGACGCCAUGUUUUCCACCAACCAGUCACACAUGGAGAAUUAUCGGAAGCGGGAAGACUUGGUGUAUCAGUCCACAGUACGGCUUCCUGAGGUCCGAAUCUCAGACAACGGCCCCUAUGAAUGCCACGUGGGAAUUUAUGACAGAGCGACCCGUGAGAAGGUGGUGCUAGCGUCUGGCAACAUUUUCCUCAAUGUGAUGUCUCCUCCUGUCUCUAUCUCGGUCAUUGCUGCAGACACGCCCGCCCCCUUCAGCCGCUACCAGGCCCAGAACUUCACCUUGGUUUGCAUCGUCUCUGGUGGGAAGCCGGCCCCCACGGUGUACUUCAAGAGAGAUGGGGAGCUGAUUGAGGUGGUACCCCUGACAGAACCCCCAGUCAACGCUGCUAGCUUGCAAGAUGGGCGAGCAUCUCGGAACUUGCUUAACCGUGACCUGGAUGACACCAAGAUGCAGAAGUCACUGUCCCUCCUGGACAUGGAGGACCGGGGCGGGAGGCCCUUCACGGAGGCCCCCUUCAAAAGCCUCACCCCAGACCAGGGACUUUUGUUUAGCCCAGCCACAGAAGUCGUCCCAGAGACUGUGGUGAGCCGGGAGUUCCCCCGGUGGAUCCACAACACGGAUCCCAUCUACUACUUCCACCACACACACAUCCCCAUCAGCGAUGGCACCGUGGAGGUGCGGGCAAUGCUCAUGUGGACGCUUAACCCCCAGAUAGACAAUGAAGCCCUCUUCAGUUGCGAAGUCAAGCACCCCGCCCUCUCUAUGCCCAUGCAGUCCGAGGUCACGCUAGUUGCCCCCAAGGGACCCAAGAUCGUGAUGACUCCGACGAGGGCUCGAGUCGGAGACACGGUCCGCAUCCUGGUGCAGGGCUUUCAGAAUGAAGUCUUCCCUGAACCCAUGUUCACUUGGACCCGAGUUGGGAGCAGGCUCCUGGACGGCAGCGCCGAACACGAUGGGAAAGAGCUGGUCUUGGAACGGGUGCCGGCAGAAUUGAAUGGCUCCAUGUUCCGCUGCACGGCGCAGAACCCGCUUGGCUCCACCGACACCCACACCAGGCUGAUCGUAUUUGAAAAUCCAAAUAUCCCAAGAGGAACAGAUGACUCAAAUGGUGCGGCCCGCAGUCUCACCGGCUCCAGCCUUGUUCUGGCCCUCGUCUUAACAGUGAUCUCAGAAAUGACGUGAAACCUUCGCCAAGCCCCUUCUCCUCUCUCAAAUGGCGCCCUGCAGCACUCACAUCUCCCUGGACUGGUUUUCUCUUCUUCUUCUUCUUCUUCUUCUUCUUCUUCUUCUUCUUCUUCUUCUUCUUCUUCUUCUUCUUCACUUUUCUUUUUCUUUUCUAAACUAUUUGCAGUCUUGUUAUCAGUCUCUUUCUGUCUGUGUCUUGGCUUCAUCAUCCAGUUUAAUUAAAAACAAAAC